AUGUUUUCAUCUCUUCUGAACCACUUUGGGAGCUCCCUGUUUGUGAAAAUGACAAAAUGGAAAGGCUGCCUUUAUACCAAUGAAGAAAAUGUCCAUUUUGCCAAAGAGGAUGAACUCAACAAGGCUCACGAUGAAGAAGGAGAGGAAACUAUUAGGACAGCUUCCAUGGGAUAUGCUGUACAUAGCCAAGACCCAGACUAUCACAACCAGGUCCACACGCAAAAUGCUCAGAGUACAUUGAUUUCCACCUGGGAAGCUGGUUGGAAUGUAACCAAUGCUAUUCAGGGGAUUUUUGUUCUAGGUUUGCCAUAUGCUCUACUCCAUAGUGGAUACAGUGGACUGCUUCUUAUUAUCCUGGCUGCCGUUUUCUGCUGCUACACUGGCAAAAUUCUAAUCGCUUGCCUGUAUGAAGAAAAUGAAGACGGGCAGCUCAUAAGAGUGAGAGACACAUAUGAAGACAUCGCCAAUGCCUGCUGCAGAAAGCUAUUUCCGAAACUUGGUGGCAGAGUUGUCAAUGUGACCCAGGUGACGGAACUGAUCAUGACAUGCAUUUUGUAUUUGGUUGUUAGUGGAAACUUGCUGUCACAUAGCUUUCCAGCUCUACCAGUGACGGAGAAAACGUGGUCGGUAAUUGCAUUCGUAGGCCUGCUGCCUUGUGUAUGUAUCAAAACCCUCAAAAUUGUAUCCAAGCUGAGCUUGCUCUGCUCUUUGGUCCACUUUGUUAUUAUCUUUGUAGUGAUAACAUAUUGUCUGACCCAAAUACACCGGUGGUCCUGGGCAAGAUUUAGCCUCUCUGUACAAUUUGAGAGUUUCCUGGUUUCAGUAGGGGUCAUCAUUUUCAGCUACACAUCCCAAAUUUUUCUUCCUACCCUUGAAGGGAAUAUGAAAAACCCUAGAGAAUGCAGAUCUAUGUUGAACUGGACUCACUUCUUGGCUUGUGUCUUCAAGACAGCCUUUGCACUCACUGCAUUUCUGACAUGGGGUGAAGAGACAAAGGAGGUUAUUACUGACAACCUUCCCUCAUCAUUACAGACCUUGGUGAAUUUGUGCCUCUUGACUAAGGCACUUCUGUCUUACCCUUUGCCCUUCUUUGCAGUUACAGAGCUCUUGCAUGCUUACAUAUGGCCAAGUCACAAAUCCAGUUAUAAAUCCCAUUGGCUUGCUAUCAUUUUAAAAAGUUCCCUCCUCUUGUUAACACUGCUGAUGGCUCUGUUUGUACCACAUUUUGCCCUUCUGAUGGGUUUAACUGGUAGUGUAACAGGUGCUGCAGUGACCUUCCUGCUUCCUUCUCUUUUCCACUUAAAGCUUAAAUGGGAAAAGUUAAUGUUCGUGGAGAAGUGUGCAGACAUUUCUAUGUUUAUCCUGGGUAUCAUUUGUAGUGUAGCUGGUCUUGUUUGUUCAAUAAAAGGUCUCUUGAAAGCAUUUGGAUAA